CAGACCCUCAGUCCACAUUUCCAGAGGACACCGACAGACACUCAGUCUCCCUCCAACAUUUUCUGUCGAGCUCGGGUAACAAAACAAGCGGAGCAGGACUCGUGCCGCGCUCCGGGAGAGAUUAUCAGAUUAUUCCCAGGACUUGGUUUGCUCUUUAUUCUCUCGGACGUCACUUUACACACAUAGAUCUCAGGAUAUAAGUUAUUUACAGUAGCAUAACCGGAGAUCCUGGAAGAUGGGUUCAGUCCCGGCGAUAUCUGUCCUUAUUUUGGGCAUUGUGGUUCCAGCGCUGGCCGGCUACAUUGAGGCGCUAGCAGCCAAUGCAGGCACAGGGUUUGCCGUGGCCGAGCCACAGGUGGCCAUGUUCUGCGGAAAGCUCAACAUGCAUGUCAACAUUCAGACCGGCCGCUGGGAACCCGACCCAUCCGGAACCAAGAGCUGCGUAGGAACCAAGGAGGGUGUGCUGCAGUACUGCCAGGAGAUGUAUCCCGAGCUCCAAAUCACGAACGUGGUGGAAGCCAACCAGCCAAUUCGUAUUGAGAACUGGUGCAAGAAGGAGAAGAAGGUGUGCAAAGGACAUGCCCAUAUCGUGGUGCCUUACAAAUGCCUAGUGGGCGAGUUCGUGAGUGACGUACUUCUGGUUCCAGAGAAGUGCAAGUUCUUUCACAAGGAGCGUAUGGACAUGUGCGUCAGCCAUCAGCAAUGGCACGGUGUGGCCAAAGAGGCCUGUGCCAAGAGCUCCAUGGUGCUGCACAGCUACGGCAUGCUGCUGCCCUGUGGCAUUGACAAGUUCCACGGCACUGAGUACGUGUGCUGCCCCUCCUCUCGCAUCGGGGAGUCCGCUCCACCUUCCCUGCCCUCCCAGGAGGACGACGAAGAGGAGGAGAUAGAGGAUGAGGAGAUUGACGAGGCCGACCUGGUCGAGGAGGAGGAGGACAGUGAGACCCCAGCUGACGAGCAGCCAACACAAAAAGAGGAUCCCGUGGACGAGGACGAAGACGAGGAGGCAGAUAAGGAGGACGAGGAUGAGAAGAAAGAGAGCAGCAAAAUGUCAGAAAGCCAAGAUGAGGACAAGACUCUGCAGGAAGUAAAAGCGGUGUGCACCCUGGAGGCUGAGACAGGCCCCUGCCGUGCCUCCAUGCCCCGCUGGCACUUCGACUUGAGCCAGAGGAAGUGUGUGCGCUUCAUAUACGGGGGCUGUGCCGGCAACCGCAACAAUUUCGACUCAGAGGAGUACUGCAUGGCCGUGUGCAAGCGCCUGACCAUGCCGCCGACUCCCCAGCCCACCGAUGAUGUUGACAUCUACUUCGAGACCCCGGCCGACGACAAGGAGCACAGUCGCUUCCAGAGGGCCAAGGAGCAGCUGGAGAUCAGGCACCGCAACCGCAUGGAAAGGGUAAGAAAAGAGUGGGAAGAGGCUGAUCGCCAGGCUAAGAACCUGCCGAAGGCUGAGAGGCAGACAUUGAUCCAGCACUUCCAAGCCAUGGUGGAGUCCUUGGAAGAGGAGGCAGCCAGUGAGAAGCAGCAGCUGGUGGAGACUCACCUCGCCCGGGUGGAGGCCAUGCUGAAUGACCGGCGCCGUCUGGCCCUGGAGAACUACCUGGCUGCCCUGCAAGCCGACCCCCCCAGGCCCCACCGCAUCCUGCAAGCCCUGAGAAGGUACGUCCGCGCCGAGAACAAGGACCGCCAGCACACCAUCCGCCACUACCAGCACGUCCUGGCUGUGGAUCCUGAGAAGGCCGCUCAGAUGAAGUCACAGGUGAUGACCCACCUGCGUGUGAUUGAUGAGAGGAUGAACCAGAGUCUGUCUCUGCUCUACAAAGUACCUUACGUGGCCGACGAGAUUCAGGAUGAAAUUGACGAGCUACUCCAGGAGCAGAAAGCUGACAUGGACCAGUUCCUGUCAUCUAUCUCUGAAUCACAGCCAGAUGUCACCGUCUCGUCAGAGGAGAGUGUGGAAGUCCCCGUGUCUGAGGGCAAACCCUACCGGCCCUUCCAGGUCACAUCCUUGGGGUCCCAUUCAGAGCCAGAGGGCGAUCUAUCAGACUCCCCACGUGCCUUCAAGAAAGGCUCCGCUAUGUCUGGUUUAGACGGUCUGAUAGGUGCCGAGGAGAGAAUCAUCAACAGCAAACCCAAGAUCAGCGACAACGUGGUGAUUGAUGAGUCUCUGGAUGUUAAAGAAGUGGUUUACAGUGCAGAGAGAGUCAGCGUUAUGCAUGAUGAUGAGCUGGAGUCCUACCGCCCUCUGGGAGAGGACUUCAGCUUCGGGAGCAGUGCACUGAUUGGCUUGCUGGUGAUCGCGGUGGCCAUAGCAACUGUGAUUGUGAUCAGUCUGGUGCUUUUGAGGAAGAGGCAAUACGGCACCAUCAGUCACGGCAUCGUGGAGGUUGACCCCAUGCUGACACCAGAGGAACGCCACCUCAGCAAGAUGCAGAACCACGGCUACGAAAACCCCACCUACAAAUACCUGGAGCAGAUGCAGAUCUAACCAGAGCCUACAGGGGGCACUAUGAGUCUGAGGACAGCAACCGAGGGGGAACAUACUACUGACCAAUAACAUAUGCUAUUGUUAAAAGAAAUCAUUUGCAUACAUCCAAACUCCAUUUACUGGUUUGUUCAAAACAAUCCUUAAGUAAUGCUACUACUUCUACUACUGCUACUAUUGUACUAUAGAGCUCUUUUUGAUCAUGUUUCUUUUGAAAAGGUGAUGUAUCUGCCAUUUUGCAUUAUGGAAAAUGUGAUUCUGCAGAUUUCUCUGUAAUUAUCAAUACAGCUAUCUCAGAUCAAGAUGUAUAACAUUUCUUCAGACAUUUUCUUUAUUUUUGAAAGUGAAAGGCAAAUCAAGCAAAAUUUCAAUGUUUUUGAGUAGCCAUCAUCAAACCGGCAUACCAGACACUACGCUUUAGUUUUCCAUCAUGCAAGUGUCAUCCAUGCAGUUUCUGAUGGUUUUCUCCAAAAGAAUAGGUGUUUUAUUUUGUUCUUUUUUCCUCUCAAUAGAUUGCUUGUAUAUGAAGGUUCUUUGUACCAAUUAAAAUGUAUAGUGAAACAACAAAUGAGAAAAAAAUGAAAUCAUGAAUUAUUUACUUUCCGUUCUUUGUUAUGAUAACAGACAAAAUAUACAUAUACAGUUUAAAUAUAUAUAAGAGUAGAUGUUUUUAUUCCACCUUCUUUUUUUUUCCUCCCAGAAAAGAGGUUAUAAGUCGGUUUAGGGUUCUCAGCUUGGCGGUCAUGAGUUGUGUUUGCAGGCACACUGUUAGAAAGAGACAGGGAAGGUGAACGUGUGCACAGACCCCCAGCUCGAACACAUCACACAAAACCUACUCUGAACCCUUAUGAAGUGAAUGUGAUAAAUAUCCCCUCCUACACACACAAACACAACCUUUUUAUCAAUAGGGAAACAGUACAUUGAUAGAUUAAUUAAUAGCUAUUGACAUGUGUUACAUAGUUGAAUGUAUUGUGGAAUCUUUUUUUCCAUACUAUGUACCUGACAGGUUCCUAUGUGGCUUUGAUUUUUUAUGCACUAUCACAGACAUUGUGACAGUGGGCGACGACAUGCCACAAACUGAAAAAAAAGUGUUGUUUUUUGGUUUGUUUUCUUGUUUUUAUUUUUAUUUUUUACACAAAUUGUCCGAAGCAAAAAACCAAGAACCAGAAAAGCAACUUUGAAAACUAAUUUUUGGGGAUGAUGUACACACACGUUAUUGGAGCAACUGUUGGCUUUGCUGGUCAUAAAGCGUAGAACAGUCUGAUAGACCAAAACAGGGCCGGCCCAGAGGUACAAAGGAAGUGAGCAGCUGCUUAUGGCCCAUCUGCCACCAGAAGGCCCCCAGAUGAAGCUAAAGUGUACAAAACUUGGUGGAUUUGGGGGAGCUAAACUGUGAUUAAUUCUGGGAUCCUUUACAAAUGCCAAACAACGAAGACAUUUUGAUUUUCUAACCCUGAACAUAUUGAAUUUGGGGAUCGUAACAAAUCAUUUUGAAGGCUGAUUGAUUUCAGGGGAACUAUACAAAAUUGUGCAAUCUGGAAUUUGGGAUUUGGGUACCCAGAAAGGCUUGGGCCGGCCCUGGAUCAAAGCCAAUUGAAGACAACCUGGAGCUGGAGGGCUGUGCAGGCAGACAGAGACACACAGAAAGACAAGGCUUGGAGAGCUAACGUGUAUUUUUACAAGUAGAGAAUGACACAAGUAAAGUGAAUCCUAGAAUCCUCUUUUCUCUCUCUCUCUCUCUCUUAGUAUUGUCUUUGUAUGCCUGUAUAGUUGAUGUUGCAAUCAUGGCUUUUUUCCGGAGGAUUACCUGUGGUGUGCAUUGUUCUUAUAUGAAAUGAUAUGAUAUAUAUUUUUAAGUUUGUUUUCUUUGUUUUCUAUUUUUUCUCUUCCUGUGACAGUAUCUCUGUAUGUGACUGUCUCACUAUGCACCCAAACGGCUUAAAUCUUGUAACUGCCUGCUUGAUUGUGGGAGGGGACUGGGAACUAAUAUAAUAUGCAUAUUAGUGAUUUAAAAAUAAAUUUGAUUGACACCAAUGGAAACAGAUUUAUGGUUACAGGGGGGAUACACAUCAAUAAACUCACAACUUCCAUAUGGA